AUGGCGAGCUCACAGACACACUCUUUGCACACUAAGGAGGCCGUCAUAGACCUCUUCGACCAUUUCAGAGAGGAGCUCGACGAACAGAAUGAUAGGCGAGAAAGGUUGAUAAAGUCAAGUCGUGAUAUUACCAACCUAUCCAAGAGAUGUAUAUUCCUACUACAUCGUGUAGCGACGGAGGACACCAAGGAAGAUCUCGAAACCCGUGCUCUUCGUGCAGCUAAACAAGGGUGGGGUAAAUUGCGGGACAUCCAGCGAAUAUUCGCGUCCAUGAAAUGUGAACUCGAGGGUGACCUCUACUGGCGGCACCAGAAGAGUGUCUCGCCGGGACUACAAGAAUAUAUUGAAGCCUUGAGUUUUGCUCACUACCUAGAGCAUGAAACCUUGAUUUCGUACCAAGCUGUCCAGCAGACAUUGUGCGAUGAAGCUGGCACACCGUACUUUCCGUUGACCAUAUCAGACUAUCUGCUCGGCUUAUCCGACCUGACCGGAGAGCUCAUGAGAUACGCAAUCUCAGCUAUCAGUCGCAAGGGCGGCCGAGCAAAGGCAAGCGAUAUAUGCGCCUUUGUCCGUCAUUGCAAAGCAGACUUCGAAGGCAUGUGCCCGAGGGUCCGGGGCCUAUCAAAAAAGCAAUCCGUCACGAACCAAUCUCUACAGAAGAUUGAAGAUGCCGCCUACACCAUCGCCGUCCGGAGCUCAGAGUACGAUCUGCCGUCGGACAUCCUGGACGACAUUGUAGCACGGUCCAUCUCCGGGUAUGACAAUAGCCACUCCAAUUACGACAGGAAACCAGAACGUUGGAGGGACAGGGACGGUAGCGGAGACGAAGACGAGUACUACUGA